AUGAAGGCCUGGUGCUGCAACAACUUGGGUAUAUACCCAUUCCCUGUCAUUACAAACGAAACAAUACAGAACACGGUUGCCCCGUCAAACCAAGACAUUGUCAACCAGCUCACCCAGAUGUUGGAGCGUUUUGAGGUGCACAUGAGCGCUCUUGAGGCUGGUCAGGCAGUGCCAGCAAGUGGAGGAGCCGAGGGGGUGUGGGUCCUCAGCGGGGGAGUAGCAGGCGAGGGGCCCAAGGGAAUCAAGAUGAGCAAGGGGGUCAAGGGGGUCAUCGUAGAUGUGGACGUAGACAAGGCCACACAGGACCACAUGGAGCUGAAGAUCGGUCAGUAUGAGGAACAUGCUGAAGACAUCUGCAAAAGACCUAAGGAUAUGAAGGAGACAGCAACCCGAGUCGCUUGCAAAGACUUAAUAGUGGCUGUUGAUGAUCCUCAAACCACCAUUGUCCUACAAGCAAUUUCCCAGUCCAUUUGGGACAACUUCUCUGAUGCUGAUAAUAUCCCAGUGUCCUUGAAGAACCGGAAAGUAAAGUGGGACAAAUUGAGUACUGCAAAGGUGUCAUUCAGAGGGUUUAGACAUGAGUGGACGAAGCAGAACAAUUUCAACAUUGCGAGCAGGGAUGCCGCUUUGGCCCAGCGCACACGGCACUACAGUCAUCAUGUUGAACUCACUGGUUGGGCUGUCUUAGAAAGCAGACAACCACAUGAAGAUGGCGGCUGA